AUUUGCGAAAAAGCAUAAAUAGAAGUGGUGCAUUCAAUCAUCGAUCGUACUUUUUAGUUUGCAAGAAUGCAAAUUCUUUAAGAGAUCCUCGCAACCUAUUAAAAAUGACUCUGCUUCUGAGGAUCGGACUUUCUUGCAUUUUACUGCUUCAAAGCUUGACCGCUGUUUACGGUGCAGCGGCACUUGACGAAAAAUGCCUUGACAUGGUUCAGGAAUUGAUGUCCUCUCAAUUGGGACACAUUGUCCCCUGCAUAAAUGAGCUGGGACUCACUACCCCAAAGGAAAGGGGGGCCAACUACAAUUGCAUCAUGAAGUGUGUCCUCGCACGAGCAGAAACGCUAACACCUGAAGGUCGGAUAAGUGUUAUGCGGGCUGUAUCAUUUAUUUUGGAGAAAAUUCCGAACGAGUACAUUGAGAAAGCUCUCACUGAAAUUGCUAAAUGCCAAGAAUAUGCAAACAUUGACGUUGGAGACCCGAAUGACAAAGGGUGCACAAAAAUGAGGCCUUUAGUUGCUUGUGGGAUUGACUUUAUCUUCAAUAUUUGCAAGGUGUAGUGCAAUGUAUAAUGUUUUAAAUUUCAACAAUUCACUCUCAUUCUUCGUGAUCACUGUUAAAACUGAUGGCAAUAAAUAAAUAAAAUAUUAUUAAUAUCCGA